AUCUACCAGCUACUCAGUUGACUUUGACAUAAUACCCUCGAAAACCCGACCGCCAUGCAGCCUCUUCGCAUCCUCUCUUCUGUGCUUCUCAGCCUCACACUAGCAACAGCUUCCCCGGUUCCUGACUCUGCUGUUCAAAUCUCCGACAACGCACAAAUGCUUGGACGAAACAUGUGUCUCUACUCCGGCGAUCAAAUCAAGGCAUGCUCCGGUGACGGAGCGGGAGUGUGUUGCACUGGUGACUUGAAGUGUCCAAGUGGUGGAGGUUGCGCUGCCGCUGGUGUCUGCUACUACAACUGCUAAGGCUGCGAUCGGAUGCUUCUCUUUCUGUUGCUUACCCAUACGACGAUUUGAUGCGUUAUGGAAGCUUUAUACCCAAAGCAUGAGAUGAUUGGUGUCAUUGUUCUAGAACCGCGAGCUCCCUUCCACUUAAUUUGGUUUGGUCCUAGAAUGACUGUCGGCAUCAAGUUUGGAGUCAGUUAGUGAGAAUGAUAUGCAGUUCUUCCUCUUCUUUCGAAUAGACACAAGUCAUGGACUGCUUGAGAGAGUUUCUCGAUUGUAAAG